AUGAUCGGCGGGGGGGAGCGUCAAGAAAGACAUCCUCUCACGCUCGGAAACUUCUUUCGGGAUCGUCACCAGGAGACCGGGAGUUUGAUAAUAUCUCGCCGGGAGAACAACACCACUACUUCCUCUCGCGACGGGAGUCAAAGGCCCACUGACGCUCCUGUCCGAGGUCCACCACUACCACCUCCCUCUCCUCCCAGUGACCCCCAUCUUCCACCCGCCAGCAGGCAUUCCCCCAGUGGCACUAUAGCCCUUCUUCCCCCCACCCCUCCCCCUCCCCCCACGACCACCCGGGGAAUCCACCCAGAGCUCAUUGCCUCUCUGCUCACACCUGCGCCCAAAUGUCAGGUCAAUCCUAAUUCUGGCUCAUUAGUGAUUAUUCCCGGUUCCCGGGAGCUUCGAGAAGUCUCCGAUUAUCUUGGGAAUUAUAAAUCGUCUCCAGUCGUGACCUCGGACGGAUGUCCAGGCAGCCAGCCUCCCACACUUAGGCCUAACGGCGUUACUGGCGCGCCCAGAUACGAGACAAAGCCGGAUGCCACAUUUCUACAAAGGUCCACUGAUCAUGGCAUCCAGCUCCCACUACCUGAUGCACCGGACACCUGCAGCAUGCCAGAUAACCAACCCUCAAUUCUAGAUUCAGAGGCUAGUGCCUCCGAUGUCCCCGACAUCCUUUCUAUUGGUGAGCCUGGCCCUGACCCAGUGUCAGAGCCCGAAGUUUCUUCUGCAUCAUCUAAGCCUCUUACCAUUUUACCGCAUACCUCCUCCCUUUUGGAAAAGAUUCGCAACCUGUGGGGACAUCUCUGCCUUACCAUCCAGUGCCACGGAAGAGGUUCUGGAACAAGUUCUGCCGAGACUGUGGCCGCCAGGGUCACAUGUCUGCAAAUUAUGGAGGGCAUGGAGCUUACCGCAGCCCAUGGCCAAACUCUAGUCCAUGAUUCUUCUUUGGCCUCAACUCUGUCGCCCUAG